AUGCCCGGCUACACCGGAAAAGAAAUUCCCAACCUCGAAAAGGAUGUUGAUGCAACAGUGGUGGAACUGGUUGACCUGACCCGGCGAGGCUAUGUCCAGAAAAACCAAGCUCUGGAUUUCGCGAAGCUCGCAGGGUAUUUCACUCUCGCCGUGCUAACCCAAAUCGCUUUUGGACAGGCGCUGGGCUUCCUGGUGAAGAUCGAAGACGUCUAUGAUUAUCGCAAGUCAAGCAGCGCCUUCUAUCCAAUCAUGGAACUGGGCUGA